AUGAACAUUGCCUCUGAUAAGAGAAUUGAAGAACAAUUCAUGGCAGAAGUUAGUACCCUUGUCAGGAUUCAUCAUUUCAACUUGGUUCGUCUUCAUGGUUUCUUCUUUGAGAGACACCUCAGAGCACUUUUUUAUGAGUAUAUGCCAAAUGGUUCGCUUGACAAGUUUCUUUUCCAUGGAAACAAGAUUUUAGGAUUCGAAAAGCUUCAUGAAAUUGCGGUUGGGACAGCUAGAGGGAUUGUUUACUUGCACGAAGAAUGCCAGCAGCGGAUAGUUCACUACGAUAUACAACCUGAAAAUAUUCUUUUGGAUGUGAACUUCUUUCCUAAAGUAGCUGAUUUUGGUUUGGCCAAGCUGUCCAACAGAGACAACACUCAUAUAACAAUGACAGGGGGGAGGGGAACUCCUGGUUAUGCUGCACCAGAAGUUUGGCUGCGGUUUCCUAUAACCCACAAGUGUGAUGUGUACAGCUUUGGUAUGCUAUUAUUUGAGAUCAUAGGUAGAAGAAGGAACCUAGACCUGAAUCUUCCGGAGAGUCAAGACUGGUUUCCGAGGUGGGUAUGGAAGAAGUUUGAAGCCGGACAACUAGUAGAGCUAAUGCUAGUUUGUGGCAUAGAGGAGAAAGAUAAAGAGAUAGCAGAGAGAAUGGUAAAAGUAGUUAUCUGGUGUGUUCAGUACAGGCAUGAGUAG